UGAGAGAUCCCUGCCCGCUCCUGCUUGCAUGCAAAUAGGAGUUGGGAGGAUGCUCCAAUAGGCAGCAUUAAGCCUCCCUUCACAGCUUAGUUGCUGGGGUCAGGGAAGGUGGAGGCAGCCCGGAAGCUGAAUCUUAUAGCACCUGCACCACCAUCAUAUGGGGACUUCUGAGCAGCUCCUGAAGCUAGCCAGAGGCAACUGCUCCGGGAUGCUGAGACUGCCGCUGCUGCGUUUCCCAGGGACAUUAGAUGAAAUCUGGGGACAUUCUGGGGAUGGAAUUUGUCCAGGGACUUAUUCGCAAAUCCGGGGACUCUCCCCGGGAAAUUGGGACGUCUGGUAACUCUAUACUAAAGGAAAACAUUUCUGUGUGAAAAGGAACACCACAGAGAAACUAUUGACUCAUAGGCACAAGUUUAUUAACUUGCGAUACAUGCCUGUUCUCCUUGGCAUGGCAGGGUACAUGUGCCCAUGGUAAGGUAAAAGCAGCCAUCCAUACUGGGAAACCAGAGCUAUAUUCGGUUUAAGCAAAGAGCUUUGCCAGAAGCCAAGAUUGUGGUACUUUUGAGACUGUUCAGCUUUGUAAUAUUCUCCUAGAGUUCAUUUCACUAUUUUCUUAUUAAAUUGGGAAUGAAAGUUUAGUUUGUACUGUAAUUGUAAUUGUCCUCUCCCCUCCCCGCAUACCCCAAUCUUGCAAAAUUCUGAGUGAUUUCCAAGGAAGUAUGCUUAGAGUCUUACACUUUCAACUAUGACAAUAUGCUUACCCAUUUGUGUUACUGGGUUUUAUCAGGAAUUAUGAGGAAAAAAAUCUCAAAUUAAUAAUUCCAUGGGUAUGGUCCCUCAAUCCAGGGAUAUGAAAUUCAGCAUGAGAAUUGCUGUUGGCCAAACUACCGUAUUUUUUUCUUUCUUGUUAUACUUCCAUUUGGAGAUUAUUUUUUCCUUGAAUUAGGGAGGCCUCCUGAACUUUUGAGAACCAUCCCACUCAGGAUGUCCUUCAUAUGUCUCUCUCCUGGCCAAAAAAUUUCAUACAGUUCACAUACAAUUAUUAUUUUUAAGAUUCCAAUUCCAUGUUUAUUUUCCAAAGAAUAAUGUUCUUCUUAAACUCACUAAUAUUUAACCCAUAUGUUUUUAAUGUGACCAUUACCUUGUCUCAAAAAAGAACCCUGCAGCUGAAGGAUCAUAUUAGAAUUGGAUCAAAGAGAUUUUUUAGUGAGCAUGAAAUAUGCAAAGAAAGAAAAGUUAUUCCAGUAAAGCUCAUUAUGCAGAGAGCAAUUGGCAAUGUGAGACUUAACUCUUCAGAGGAAGCUGUUUAGACAAUAACUCACUGAACAUCCAUUUUCCGGCUUGUAUUGAAAUAGCUAGGCAUCUUCAGUUGGGCAUUAGCAUGUUUUGCUAUUCAAGAUAGGUACUGUAGCAUUGAAGUAAUGAAGAAUAGGGUUGAAGAGAACCAUCGUCUACUGCCUAUGAUGUGUGCAUGAUUUAUUUAUGUGCAAGCCAGCACACAAAAAAUGAUUUUCAAAGCUUAAAGGGGUCUUGCAAAGAAAUAUUACUUUAGCUUGAAAUAGAAAAAAAAGAGCAAGGCUUUUGAAAACCAUCUACAGUAUAAGGGUGGAAUGGAUCAUAAAUACAUAGGGAAGUGUUAGUUCAGCUAUAGUACUGCAAGAUCAGUUUACCAUUACUUUAGGACAUAUUCAUUGGCAUUUUCUCUAUUUACUUCGAAUAAUUAAAUGCAAUGCUUAACUGAAAUCUAUCUAGUGGCUUUAAUGGAUAUCUAAGGGUUCAGAGACAUAUUGUGAAGGCUGUUGAAUCAGGUGGUUCAUUUUACAUUCCUGGUUGUUUAUUAAUUCAUUUAUUUAAAAUGGUUCUUAACCACUCUUGACCAGGAGCUUGCAUGGCCAUGUACAAAAGUGUUUAUAAAAUUAAUCCACGCAUCAUAUAAAUACAGUUUGAAACCAACAAAAAUCCUUAAUGAAAUGAAACUAAAAACACAGACCCUAAAAACAGAAGAGAGCUUAAUUCAAGAAAUCAUCUCAAUUCUAAAGGGUCUGAGGAAAUAGGAAGGUCUUCAUUAGGUGCCCAUGACCUGGUAAGACCACUCCCCUUUCCUGGGGGGUGACAUUGUGGGAGUGCAUCCGGGACCUCCCCGUGACCCAGCAGUAGGCGGAGGGAUACCACCCACAUCAUUAGGACUUCCAGCUGCGUCAGGCCCCCCGGCUGACAAAUCGGGUUAGCCGGGGUGUGUGGCCGAUGCUGUUUAAACUGUGGCGUGGCUGGGGGGCAACCUCCAUUUGAUUUCUUGUCGGAUACCCCAGCCUACCCACCCUCUUUUUAUGUUUUGCUUGACUUUGCUAUGGACCAAUGUCGGUCUCCUGGUUGUUGGGGCCAGGUAGGAAUUUUUCCACUUGGCAAAUUGGCACCAGCCAUUUGGCUUUCACUUACCUUGUAGCAAUCGUCACAACUUUGUAAGGUUAGGCACUGGGUAAGCCUUGUUUAUGGGAGGGGAGGUUGUAGCCUCUGCCUGCCCUUCCUCGUUAAGGGUAUCCCAUUAAAGGGAUCUAGGUGUGUGGAUCCUGUCCAAAGCCUGGGCAUUGGCUAAGGCCAUGCCACGACCCCAUCGGUGACCCUGGGGGUGCUCUUAAUUUAUGUAUAUCAGGGGUGGCCAACUCCCAAGAGGCUGCGAUCUAUUCACAGAGUUAAAAACUGGCAGUGAUCUACCCUCUUUUGGGGGGUUCAGGUGAAAGUUGUUGAGCUACCAGUGAUCUACCACAGACGUCCAGUGAUCUACCAGUAGAUCAUGAUCUACCUGUUGGACGUGCCUGAUGUAUAUCAUACGGCUCCCCCCUAUCAGUGGUUGACUCUUCAGAGACUUCCUGCAGAUGGGCAGGAGUCAGGAUAUAGUCUGGCUUCACCCAAAUGCCUAAGUCAAACCGCUCACAUCUGUAACCAAAAAAGAUGUGGCCCAGGUUAAGGUAAACGUAAAGGACCUCUGACAGUUAAGUCCAGUUGUGGAUGACUCUGGGGUUGUGGCGCUCAUCUCGCUUUACUGGCAGAGGGAGCUAGCAUUUGUCUGCAGACAGUUUUUCUGGGUCAUGUGGCCAGCAUGACUAAGGGGCUUCUGGCAAAACCAGAGCAGCGCACGGAAAUGCUGUUUACCUUCCCGCCGGAGAGGUACCUAUUUAUCUACUUGCACUUUUGGGUGUGCUUUCUAACUGCUAGGUUGGCAGGAGCUGGGACCGAGCAACAGGAGCUCACCCCAUCGUGGGAUUCCAACUGCCGACCUUCCGUUCGGCAAGCCCUAGACCACAGCGCCACCCACGUCCCUAAAAGUUGUGGCCUAAUUUAUCCCCAAUUAACCCAAUAUAUUUGUGUCUGUGUGUUUAUGUCUGAGGGGACUGUGGGGCCCAGGGCCUCGCCACACAAUGUCAGCACCAGACAUGCCACUUUGGGGAGGGCAUUCCAGAGUUGGGGCCCUCUCUUGUGAACACAUAGUGUACCUUGAACAAAGAAGUACUUGGAGCAGGAGCUCUUCAGAAGUUCUUAAGGCAACAAGUAUGCUGGCAUGGGGAAAGGUGCUCCUUUAGGUAUUUGUGUUGCAAGCCAUUUAGAGCUUUAAAAACCAUCGCAAGCACCUUAAACUGGACCCAGACAAGCAAAGGCAAACAACAGAGUGAGCUACUGUACUGUACAAGCAUAUGAGGGAAGCUGUUCUCUCACACACAUCUGGCAGUGGAAGGUAUUGUUAGAGAUUUGAGGUAAACCCUAGAAAUUAAUAAAUGCUAGGAUUUUGGGUUCUUUGUGAUAUGAAGGGAGAAUAUAAGCUGCAAUGGGAUUCCUGGGCUGCCUUCCCUGGGCUGGCUGAGGGAAGGGCAGAGCUUGCUAGCAUUACAAUAGAGAGCCAUUGAGGGUCCUCAACAACUCCUUGUCCCAGGUGUGACCAGAGACUGGAGAUUUGGAAGGUUGCCUGAAUAACUGUUCUGGGGGAGGGCAAGGGGCUUCUGGGAAGAAGAAACAGGAAGAAAAGAGUAGAUCCAUUUUGGCGAGGGUGAAGGAAAGUCUUCCUGCACUGCUGUAGACCAUGCUGUAAUAUCUGGACCCUUUCGUGCAGAUGGAAUGUGUAAAUAGGCAAAUAAACACUAUUUCUUAAAGCAUGACAGCCUCCGCCGUGUCUUUCUGUUCUUAAAAGGGACACAGACUCUGUGUGGGCCCCUGAGAUCCCAAGCGCUCUUGCCACAGCUUGCCAGAGAGAGGGACAGGUGCCAGGCUUUUGUAAGAGUAUUAUACUAUAAUGGUAGCCUCUUGCAUAUGUAGUAGGAUCAUCCCAUAUAAACUGUGUCUUUGUGCAGAUCACACACAAACAAAGCUAAGGCCAUAAUAAAAACACUUCAAACAGGAUAGAUUUCAGUUCUGCAUUGGUGACAUACAGGUUGUUUAUCUUUACCCUUUACCCAAGUUUAUGUUGUAUGACCAGGGAGUCUCAUGUCACAUCUACAGUACCUACCUACCUACCUACCGUAAUCUAGUCUUUCCUAUUUUGGCCUGCAGGGGCAAGUUGGGUAUUUUGCAGUAGAGAGCAAGCAAAUGUGAUAAUUUUGUUGGUCCACAGUAAUUGAGUUUUGGGGAAAAUGAUUCUUCGAAUAAACAAAGAAAUAAAGCACAAGCUGUUCUUUUUGUAGCAGCCAUUUAGCUGCAGUCUCGGUUUAUGUGUAGAUCUUUUGUUUCUGGUUCUGGGAAUAGCAUAUGGGCAAUUGCUCUUACCCUUAGAGGUCAGAUUCCAUUAUAUGUGAGUGCCACAUUACAAAUUAACAAACAAUGCCACUUGUGAGCGUUCACUACUCUUCUUUGUUAGUCAUGCCAUGGAUUUGCAGUGAUGCUAUUUCAGUUCUCUGGGAUGAUUGUUGUUUUGGCAUGAACAAUGGGAAUGAGAGUCCGCAGCAGUCCAGUACUAUAACAUGUAAACAAAACUAAACAAUUUACCAAGAUUGUUACAUAGUGAAACAGUGGGUUGCAGGGCCGGUCCGCCCUUGAGGCAAGGUGAGGCGACUGCCUCAGAUGGCGGGAUUCACUGGGGCAGCAAAUCCCAAUGUCAAUGUUUCUUUCCCAUCUUCUCUCCCCUCACACCCCAAAAAACUGCCCCAGAGGGUCCCUCCACCCUCUGGAGCAGAUGUUGAGGGUUCAUGGGGCACUGCAAAGGAGAGGAGGGAUAAAUUUCAUUCCACAAGCAAUGAAAGUGUGCGUGGCGCUGCAGUGUUGUAUACAACCCACUAUUUAUUUAUCAUGCUAUGUCAUGUUAAGACACUGAAACCAAGCUUUGACGGUACAAGUCCUCACAUUGUUUGAAGGUUCACAAAUACAGUAAGACCAUGUCCCUGCGACAUAACCCCCUUGCAAGCUGUGGGUUCACUGUAUGCUAAUUUAUUUAUUUAUUGCAAGAGUUUGUCCACACUUAACAAAGAGCUGCACCCACAGCACUCCACAUUGUAGGCCAAUAAGACUCCACAGGAUGUGGAAUCCUCACGAAUAAUUGCAGGAGGCAGAUGCUUGUGUGUUUCUUCAUCUGUGGGGUUUUGUUAAUUUGGGCUGCUCCAUGUGUAGCACCCAGUUUCCCCAUUCCCAAAUGUAAUCCAAACGGUCAGCCUAAUAUCCUAAAAUACACAUAUCCCCAGUCAUGAACAGCUUUGAGAGUCAAUCCAGCACAUCUAAUUAAGUCUAGAAAAGGCAUCCCCAAACUGCGGCUCUCCAGAUGUUUUGGCCUACAACUCCCAUGAUCCCUAGCUAACAGGACCAGUGGUCGGGGAAGGUGGGAAUUGUAGUCCAAAAUAUCUGGAGGGCCAAAGUUUGGGGAUGCCUGGUCUAGAAGCUAACUGGUAGCUGCUGCCACAAACUCUAGACAAUUAAUUCAGAAAGUGAUUUUUAGUUGAGUGAUAAACGGGAGGAGGGUGGAAUCUCGAGAAAAUAUUAAGAGCAAGCAAGAUAAGAAGUCUGUUUAAAUCCCAUUGAAGUUGAUAAUAUUUAAUGCAGCCUGUGUGCAGGACUGCAUCCAGGGUCUUAAGCCACUUUUUAACUAGGCCAAGGGCUGUAUAGCAUACAGUAUGUCAAUAAUGAACUAAGCCACAUACUGCAGACCACAAAUGGUUAAAGUGGCAGAUACUAUUAUAUUACCAUCAUAAGCCUCUGCAUCUUGACUUACCUUGUCUUUUAUAGCAGUGAUUUUGGCAGUCAACUAUAAUUUGCAGAUUAUAAAACAACAAUAAAAACCAGCUCUUCUGUGAUAAUUAGGGAAAGGAAUUGCAGGACUCGUGCUGUCUUAGGCUCCAGCAUUCUGUGUUGGAUCUGGCUUCCAACCAUGGGUCUGGUUGAAUCAUCAUCUGACUGGCAGCUGACAAGCAGAGCAUUGCUUUAAGAACAUGUGAUUACAGUGCUCCUAAUAAAAUAGCCAUUACUCACAAAGAAGUACAAAGGGGCUGUGAUGGUUUCUGUUCUAUCUUCUAGUACAAAUGUCCAUUGCUGCUUCUGUUUUCGCUACAGGGCAGUAACUUCAUGUCAACAAAUACUCAGCCCCUACCUUCCUAAAAUCUGCACUACAUUAAUAUGUUAGGGCACUGUAUUCCCACUCUCUUUGCAUGGAUGUGGUGUCCUUUCCCAUAGUCAACUACUGUAAUAGUUUUGAAAGUAAAGACUGAAACCCUAGUUGGCACAGGAACAGGGAACACCUUUCUAUUACAGUAACACUGAACUGAUUUCAUCAUAACAUCACUACUAUUCCUUUGUAUUUGUAUUCUUUUAUCCAGAAACUGAACUGUGUUUUCUAAAACUUGUAUUUAACUGUCCACAAUCCAGACAGUGGCCCAGUUCAUAACGCUAAGCCAACCCAUGGUUUAGCACCAAUGAGCAGAUGUGUGGGCCCCUGGACAGAUUGCAUCUCUUUUGUUUCUCCAGACACACUGCUGCUGUCACACUGUUGUGAGCUAAGCCAUGAUAUGACUCGGCAUUACGUCUAAAUAUGGGGAUUGUGGUUUAUCUGCCCCAGGCACACCACAAGUGGUGGUGAGCCACAGAACAAACCUUGGCUGCAGCUCGGGGCUUGUCUGGAACAAGGUAAACCACAAGCCUGGAAUAGGAGGGAACACUAAGUCAAACCAUGGCUUAGCUCACAGCAGCAAGACUGGAGGAGGGUCAAAAUGGCCAGAGUCUUCUCUCCAGGAACCUGCAUGUUUGUUCAUUUGAGGUAAGUGGUGGUUCGACUUACUGCUUCCAUGCAAACCAGGUCAGCCCAGAUAUUUUUAUUUUUUACACCCUUUGCACACCAUACACACUUUUUAAAUCCACUUUAUAUUCAAAAGUAGUUGGCCAUGCAGCAUAAAUGGAGCUAGUAUUCAAUCAACAUACCAAAAACCAUAUUGACCAUACAGAAAUAAACAUUGCUUUGGAUUCUGGCUAUUAUUUAUAGAAAAGAAAUAAAAAUUAUUUUUUUUAAAAAAAUAUUAUUUAUAGAAAACAAGGACUCACGGGAGAGAUGAUUAUUCAAGAUUGCAAAUACAUUCAUACAGUGCUUCCCCCCCCCCCAAAAAAAUAUGUUUAGAGGUACUCUCAUUUUCCUACUCAUAUUGAAAUACUGCCCCUCAAUGAGGCCAAAUGUAGAUUCACAAAAUGUUUAGGGGUAUGUGUACCCCUGCGCCCCCCCGAAAAAAGCACAGAGUGGCUGGGGGAACCUGGCCAGAUGGGCGGGGUAUAAAUAAUAAAUUAUUAUUAUUAUUAUUAUUCAUUCCACAAUUCUAGGCAUGUCUAUUCUAAUAAUUCUCACCAAGUAUAGUGGGUCCUAACUCCAAGGUAAGUUGGUGUAGGCUUGCAGCCUCAUUCUGAAAAAGCAUAGCACACAACAAGCUCAUCAAAAUGAAGAAAGUCAGAAACAAGGGGAAAGAAGUGAGAGGAACAAUUUGACCUUUAUUACAAUGUUAUGGGAUAGUUUGGAUAUUCUUUUCUAUUGCUUUAUUUAAUGGUGCUUCUUAGUUCCUUCUAAAAGGAAAUGUCUGCUCCUGAUAUUCUGAACAACUUUCUCAGUCUAUUAGGGCAUUUUCGUAAAUAAGGCUAAAGAAGCCUACUUUAACAGUGGCUGGAAUGCAAGCUGAAACCUACAUUAGUCAGAAUGCUCACUGUCAUUACAAAUGCCUCUCUUCUACUAUUUAUCCUGUAUAAUAAAUAAGGCGUAAAAACUACCGUAUUUACACGUCUUCUGUGAAAAUACCGAGGGUGCUGUUUAGAAGAAAGCUGGCCCAGAAUCUGAGGUCACCCAGUACAAUAAACUUAAAUAAAUCUUCGAAUCAUAAAAUUGUAAAGUUGGAAGGGAUCCUGCAGGAAUCUCAGCUAAAGCAUCCAGGCAAGAUGGCCAUCCAACCUUUCCUUAAAAACCUCCCAGGAGAGUCCACCACCUGUCAGGGUGUUCCACUGUCAAACAGCUCUUACUGUCAGAAAGUUCUUCCUGGUGUUCAACUGGAAUCUCCUUUCUUGUAACUUGUAUCCAUUUGUUUGGGUCCUAGCCUCCAGAGGAGGAGAAAACAAGCUUGCUCCAUCCUCUAUGUGACAGCAUUUUAGAUGUGGCUAUCAUAUCUCCUCUGUCUUCUCUUUUCUAGGCUAAGCAUACCCAGCUCCUUAAACCAUUUGGCUUGGUUUCUACACCCUUUAUCGUCUUAGUAGCCCCCCUCUGCACAUAUUCCAGCUUGUCAGUAUCCUCCUCAAAUUUUGGUGUCCUGAACUGGACAAGUGGUCUGACCAAGGCAGAAUAGAGAGGGUCUAUUACUUCCCUGCUUUUGUUGAUGCAGCCUAGAAUAGCAUUUGCUUUUUUCAUUGCUGCUGCAUCACAUUGCUGACUCAUGUUAAGCUUGUGGUCUAUAAAGAACCCUAGAAUUGAUAUCAGGCUUACCGAUCAGUAGUUACCUGGGUUUUCUCUCCCCCCCCCCACUCCCUUAUGAUGAUUGGGACAUUUGCCCAGCUCCAAUCUGCUGGGACCUCACUUGUUCUCAAAGUAUUCUCAAAUAUUAUAGACAGAGGCUCUCAUGUUACACCUGCAAGCUCCUUUAGUACCCUUGAGUGCAGCUAGUCAGGCCCUGGAAAUAUAUGUAAAUUCAUUUAAGGUAGCUAGGUGAUUCCUUACCAUCACUUUCCUAUCUUGAGCUGCAGUUCCCUCCUUGCAUAUUUUAUUCUGUUAUCAUCAGGGAAUGCACUGCUUUCCUUUUGGGUGAAGACAAAGGCAAAGUAGGUGUUGAGCAAUUUCACUUUCUCUCUGUCACCCAAAAACAUUUCUCAAUCUUCUCCACGCAAGGGACUUACUACUUGUUCUUCCUCUUUCUUCUAACAUAACCAAAUAAACCUUUUUUUAUUAUUCAAAACCACACAGAAGUCUUGGACAUUGGGGUAACAAUCAUACAGAAGAUCAUUAAAACAGUCUUAGCAUUUACUAACUUGUUUCUGGCCACGUGAUAUCAUAGCAGACCACAAUGUUGUUCCAGUUCAGUAACCUCCUUCCUAAGAAAUAGGAAUAGCUGCUUCCAGCAAGAACCAGAUGUUUCAAUCUGCAGUGUUUUCUCUCUCUGUGUGUGGUGGGGUAGUGUUUCUGUUUGUUACUAUGUUACAUAUUUUUGUGUGGUUUUUUAUAUUGUAAACUGCACUGUUAUCCUUGGAUUGAGGACGGUAUGGAAAAUAAAUAAACAAUAACAGUGAAUAAUAUAUUGUCUAUUAAUUGCUGCUUCCUGUAACUUUUCCAUUCCCUGCGAGAAGUGGCUUUUCCACGUCACCGGAUUGUGGUUGUAUAUUUGUCUGUAACUUGAAGCUUUGGGCUGUAAAACAGGACAGAAUCAUAGAGUUGAGAGGGAUAAACGUCCAAAUAAACACCCAUGGAGUCCCGCUGUCAGGGGACGGGAAGGCAGCAGCAGCCUUUGGAAGCUAAGCGCAGCUUCCUCUUUCCUCCGGAGCUAAGCGCGGGAGAAGAGGCGGGACUCGAGCACAUCCUCCGCUCAAGCAACGGCGGCGGGCGAGCAAACUGAGCGGCUUGUUUCCCGGGCAACGGCAAAGCCUCGGGCCCCGGGCAACGGAAGCCUCGGCUCAAGGCUCGCGAGAGCGCAAACCUGGCCGACGAGAGAAAGCUCCACUUCCGCCACCCCCGCACGCCGUUGAGGGAAAGGGAGCCGGAGAAAGGACUACAGCUCCCAGGGGCUCCUUUCGGGCAACCGUUCUCGCUUGCUCUCGCGAGAUGGCCCGGCGCCGCUCCGUUCCCCAACCCCACCUCUCGCAAGUUCGCGCUCGCUUGCGGCGCGGUGGUUGAAUGUGGGGCAGUGGCGGCGAUGGCAGCGCGCUCCGCUGCCUCGUCGUCUCCUCCGACGGAGCUGUCCUUGUCGCCGUUCGUCCGGAAGCUCCGUCAUCAGCUGGCUGAAAUUAGAGAACGUGCUCUUAGAAAUAUUUUGUGUAAAUUGGAUCACAACCUGGUUACAUAUGAUGACUUGGUUCAAGAAAAAUUCCUGUUUCUCAGUCUUCUGGAGUGGUUCAACUUUCCUGUAGUACCAAUGAAAGAAGAGGUUCUGAAUUUAGUGAGCAACCUGGUGAAGCACCCAUCUGCUGUGGAACAAUUGGUUGGGAUUGGGGCAGUAGAGUUUUUCACCCAACUUCGUCCAAAUGUGGAUCCAAACCUGCAGGCUGUGAUUGAUGGGAUUUUGGAUGGGCUAUUUGUGUUGCCUUCAGAAAUCUCUGCUGAUUAUCAGGAAGUGUCUUAUCAAACGCCCUUGCCAGCAGUGACUAAUAUAGUAUUGUCAGAAGAAGCUAAUGCUGGAUACUUCGAUCAAGGGGGAAAUAAUUUGCAAGAGAUAGGAAUACCACCAAAACAGCUAGCUGUGAAACACGGAGUGAAAUCCUUGAAAUUUUCUACAUUUCCAUGGUUAUCCCUGACCACAACAGAUAGGCAUGUUCUUUCAUCAAGUGAAAGCUCACUGAGAAGCAAAAAUCACAGUUUAAUUUGGAAUACCUGUGAGCUUCUACAAGAUGUCAUCAUGCAAGACUUUCCUGCUGAGAUAUUUCUUCAGAGACCAAAGAUUGUUCAGAGUCUUCUGUCGCUAACAACACUGGCUUUCGGAAGAGAUGGACAACACCGUUUAGCCUUACAAGCUGUCUUAUGUCUGCAGCAAUUAUGUACCUUCUUAAGAAACAGACUGAACUUCCAUAGAGAUCCAAGUUUUGUCUCGAGUGAAACUGGUACCGUUUCCCAGAAUUCCUCAGUGUCUUACGGCCAAGAAGCUAGAAGAUCCCUUCAUUCUCAGAAUGCGUCCCCUGGAAGUAGUAGUCCUCGACCUUCCGUGAUAGGACGUACAGUUCAGCGUCCCAGAGGUGAUGGUCAAGAUUGGGAUGCAGUAUCUUCAAGUGGAAGCAGUUCUCAUGCUAAUGUGAAUUCCAGAGUUCACUCACCUUUGGAUAUGGGCCAUAUUGACCUGCCGGAACUGGAGAAUGAGGAUACUUUAGAGUUACAGUUCCAACAGCUUAGCCUUCCUCAGUUCUGUGUAGCCAUUUUGGAAUAUGCUGUGCCUCUUCUAAGAACAGGUAGUAAGAAAGUGACCAUGCACGUUCUGGAGUGUCUUGCUGAGGACCUGCUGCUUAUUUCUGAUGCUGUGUCUGAAGAUGUUUGGGAAGACAACAGUCUCUUUGGGCUGGAACUUAAGGAAAAACUGCUUGGAGUCCUAGAUACCCUGGGUGAAACCAUGUCCUACCACAAAAAUAAUGCGAAUUCAGAGCAGCCUGAGCUUGUGAUCAUCCACCACAGAAUGGCAUAUGUUAGUGUUUCACUUUUCACCAUUCGACUACUGCAAUCACUUAUCCCUGUGGAGAAGGCUGACAGUGUUUUACCAGAGAGUUUACUAGCGGCUUUAUUUGACCUUUCCGUGGACAUGCCUUUCUCCUUGGAAUACCCAAGUGUUCAUGACUCUGUCAUAGCUUAUUUGGAACAAAUGAAUUCAGAAAACUACAGUAUCUAUAAACAAGCUGCAGAGGCUGCCUAUUCUGUUGAGUGUACUUGUAACUUUAUGGCAGAAGUCCACAAGGAGGGAGAAAUACUUCUUGAUCUACUGGAGAUGGUAGAACAGGCCCUAAAAAGUCUCCCAUAUCAUCAACACUUCCCUCUACUUCAGGAAUUCCUCAGCAUUUGCUCAGACAUCUGGAAGUCUGCCCAAGCUAGCCCGUUGCUGCAGGCAGAGAGUCAGAAGGUUCUCCUCCAUCUGUUGUCCCAUCCUCUGCCGAAUAUACGAGCUGAAGCCUAUCGCUAUUGCCUCAAAACUGUUCAGGAAUGUUUAGGGAUUCAUAAUGCCACUAAACCUGUUUCUUCAGUCAGCUUUGGAAUACAUUUCCUGCUUCAUCCAAAAGUUCUCUAUGAAAUCUGUAGUUUUGGCCUUCAAGACUCCCAUCAUGAGGUGUGCUCAGCCGCCACUUUUAUGCUGAUGUAUCUUCUUCAGGGCCGAUUGAUGAUGGCAGCAGUGACCUGGGACAAGUUUAUUGAGGCCCUCUAUCCUGUUGUUCCAAUUCUUCAGGGCUAUGCAGACACAGAAGACGCUCUGGGUAGUUGCAUCCUCUCACUGAGUGAAACAAAUGCUGAAAAAGAAGGGAUUCUCCCCAGAACUACAAGACUUAAAGCUGCUUUGCGUCUUCUGUUCUCCAAAAAGCCAUUAGUCCGUUCCACGGUGCUCAAACACUUGAUGUUUCAUCUUACGACUGAAGAAGAGGCAACCCUAAGGCACCCACUACCACAGAGUAUUGUCCUCUCAAGCAUCCCUAACUUACUUAUUGUGGAAAAGACUGUUGAACUCAAGCUGGGAGAUUCAGCAAGAGAGUCAGUAUUUAAGGCUGAGACUGUUGAAAAGCUGUAUGAUAUCUUUAUCUCGGACACAAUUGAUCUAGUUUUGAGGAAGUCAGCAGCUGAGCAGCUAGCUGUAAUUAUGCAAGAUUCUAAAAUGCAUGAAAUCAUCAAAAAGAUGGGUGUCAUAGACAAAAUACUUUCUUACUUUGCUGAAUGUGUUGACCAGGAUGGCAAGGUUAUGGGGUGUAUGAUGUUGCCCUGUCUUACCCUGUUACGGAAACUUACAUAUGCAGAUCCAGCUAAGCGGCUCUCCCUGGCCAACCAGCCAUCUGUCUUGCUGGUGUUAUUUAGAGUUUGCUUGUUGUUCCAAGAUCAUGGUGCUGUCAUGAGUGAAGCAGCAGCAUUGCUUUGUCUACUACUGUUUGAUGAGGCAUCAAGAAAAGAGAUGUGGGCUGAUACUUUUCCCUGUGACUCUUACAGCAGUCUUCCCUUUAGUUUGCCUGUUUCUGUUGUGAGACGGUAUCAUCUGCCUGUCAGAGUCCAAGCUCAUCAUGCUGUGAGCCCCAAUUCAGUGGUUUUGCCAUUUCCUUGUGAACUCUGGGCCUCGAAGCCGGUGUCAGACAUGCUUAAAAUGGCUUGGAACUUGUCCUGGUUCCAUGGAGUGGAUAAUUUACUGAAACUCACUGAUUAUGAGACAGGAACCAAAGAAUUUCCAGACACAUUAAAGCUCUCCUCAGAGGAUAUUAUUACCCUGAAGAUAACUCAUGCAACCAGUGGACUGCAAGAUUGUCUUAAUUCCAUCAUUCGAGCAGUGUCCCACAGGGAAGUUCGGGCCGCCAUCACGAGAAUGAAUUUUUACAUUCUCAAUGACAGGCUGGCAUUAAUCUGCAGCAGUGGCCCUUGUGGGGCCACUUUGAAGUGCUUGGCUUGGCAAACAGCAUUAAGCAGGUUUCUUCAGGUGCUUCCAGCUUCUUCAGAGGAUGAGAAACUCCUGAUUGACAUCAUAUGUUUCCUAAACAAGUUUCUUAAGGAACAGAAGAUUAUGUCAGAUGUAGAACAUCUAAAAUGGAUCCUGGAUGUAAUCCUAAAGCAUAAUCCAAAGUCUCUACUCGAUCUUGUAGUGCAGCCAGAAUCUCAGCAACAAGAUGAAAUAGAUGACCUAAAGACUGCUGUCAGGCAACAACUGCAGAAAGAAUUGAUUGCUUUCUUGAAUACACUUCUGCUCAGCUUCAUGUCCGCUACUGACAGGAAAGACCAAGAGCUUACUGGCUAUUUCCGAACAGAACUCGCUCUUAAACUUCUGCAGUAUUUACGAGUAACCGAUGCCCCCCAUUUCUAUGGAUUACCUUCUCUGGAAAGAACAUUAAGAAGCAUGGUUCAUGUCACUGCGCUCCCAGGCUGGAGUUCGUACUCUGUUACAAUGGAGCCAUUUGCCAUUUGUAAGAAAUACUUAGCAGGGCUUCUUGAGGUCAUCUCAUCUUUUUAUGUCGAAUGGGGAGGAAAUGCCAUGUCUUUCAUGGGGAAAGGUGUCACAAAGAGCGCCAUCCUUUGUUUGCUUCACUUGUCCCAUGAAAUGAUGUCUCAGGCUCCAAAUGCGGACUGGAUAUCUCUCUGGUUCUUGCCAUAUAACAGCGAAGAACAAGUUGUUUCUCGGCAAGGCUUGGCUUGGCUGAUUCCAUUAUGGGUAGACAGAGAUCCAGAGGUAAAGUUCACCUCCCUCGCCAUAGGAUCAGCACUUACAUCCCUCGAAGUAGGUUGCUUCGCGUUGGCUGAAAGCUGCCAGAACAUAUCAGGAGGCUUAUGGGGAACGGUGAUUAACAUCCUUCUGGACCAGUCUGAAUGCAGCAUGGUCCGGAGAGAGGCUGCAUUUAUUCUUCAGAAUCUUUUGGUGAUUCCACUGCCCACUGAAGAGGUUAAAGACUCUAUUUGGCAGGGACCUUGUGUGAAUGAUGAAGAAUCUGGUCUAUCUCUCACUGGAAAAACCGCCUUGCAGGCUCUGUUACAUCAUUGUCGCUUCUACGAGCAUUUGAAUGAGAUGGUGAAACAGUGCUACUUAGGUCGAUAUACAUUUGAUCUGCAUUGUUCCUUGGGAGGCAGCCAGGCAGCUGAAAAGAGUAGCAUAAAUGAUUUUGAUGAUUCACUUUCUCUCUGGAGAGUCGUAUCUGCUCAAAGCCAAUCUCCAAGUUCACAGUCAACCUCUGACACUGUGAUCAUUUCCUCAUUGCCAUCUCCAGGCUGUGCUGUGGAACUGCAGCUGCCCACCUCACCACUUAUAGCUAGAAUUCGCGAUGUGCCGCUUAAUCGACUCAUGGCGCAAGGUCAGAGUGACACAACGACGACAGCGUCUUCAAGUCCGCAUGACUCCCCGCAGUCUACCAUUAGACCCAAUCAGUGUGCGGUGGUCACACCCCCUCUCCUGUCAGCGGUGUGCGGCUUGCUGGACAACCUGCUGAUCGUCACUCCCAAAGACACCGGCGUUGCUCUUCAGCAAGCACAGACACUAACUGCUCUCAGUAGUCUAGUAAAUUCCAGCUUGAUAGAGAGAUGUAUUUUGGAAAUGAAAGCACCGCUUCCUCAGCCUUUUCAUAUGGACUACACAAAAAUUCAGGUUUUGUAUCUACUGCAGUUUGUUUCAUCUUUGUCCCAACUGCUACAGUCUUGCUUGCUAGUAGACACUCGCCUGGUGAUGCAAGAUGCAUUAUUGACACCUCUCUUGGCUCAUACCUUUGUGGUUCUUUCCAUUGGCUGCAAGGAUGCCUUAGGGCGAGAGAUAACUGCUGCAGUUCACCAAACUUGGGAAGAUUCAUUCAGCCUUCUCACUACUCUGUUAAGAAAAUGUGGCCAUGCCUCUCUGCCAUUUGUGACUGCAGCUCUUGCAAAGCAUUGGAUUCCAGUAAUCGAAACAAUAUAUGAAUGUCUGCAAUUCUCCAUCAGACACCCUGACCUGUGUGUGGCCUGCUUGCAGUUCCUUGCUGUCCUGUUUUCCGAAGAGGGGAAAAGAGAGCUCAACAGUAAAGAGAACGCUUGCUACCACCCAACAGUGGUUUUCCUUCUAGAUGAGGAUGAGAGGAGCCGAGAUUCUGUGGCGAAACUAUGUGAAUUAAUAAUUCAGAGCUAUGAAGGAAAAUCCUCUCAGGAUGUGCUGAAGCGAGUUGCUGCCAGUGCUUUGCUUCCCCUUUUGGCUGUCAGUAAAAGUGCCCAGAAAUGUGCUUUGGAAGCCAACCUAAUAGAAACCUGCUUGGAACAGAUAAAGCACAUUCAUGCACAACUGAACCUAGACUUCUUGAGGCCUGGAAAAGCAGUCCCAAGGAAAAAGGAUGAUAAUAACCUCAGCAAAGAAAUAAAGCUUGUCAUGCAGCUCCUAAGAAAUUGCUUCUUUCGAAGUGAAUGCUGCAAAGCAGCAGCCCUUGGAACUCACCUUAUCUCUGUUUUGCACGCUCUGUGGCCGUGGCUUUUAAUGGAUGACUCACUGAUGCAAACAGCUCUGCAUUUGCUCUGUGUCUACACGGCAAACUAUCCUUUAGGCUGUGGUUCUCUGUGUUUGGCAAGCAGUGGAUUGUCUCCUCUUCAAACAGUCCAACGAACAGCAGCUGGAAACUCCCUAAUGCAUAGCAUUGUGAAGUUGGCUGCCCAAACCCCAGCCGAGAACAGCACAAUCCAGCAGAUGACCUUUAAUCUUCUGGCUAACGCUGUUGUAUCUCAUGACUGCAAGGGUGUUCUUCAGAAGAGUAACUUUCUGCAGAACUUUUUGUCACUGUCAUUGCCAAAAGGAGGAAACAAAAGCCUUGGUCCAUUGGCUGUCGCUUGGCUGAAACUCCUCUUGAAUUUAUCAUUUGGAGAAGAUGGGCAGCAAAUGAUUGUGAAGCUGAAUGGUAGCUUAGACCAGCUUAUAGAGAUGACCAAGUACAAACACCGAAGUCAUCCAUAUAUGAUUCUUCUGAUUCUGCACAACACUUGCUUUAAUCCAGCCAACAAAUCCAAGAUACUGGCUAAUGAUAAAGCCAUUGCGCUGCUAUCUGACUGUCUAGAAAGUGAUAAUCCUGUAGCUCGAAGAAUGGGAGCAUCUGCACUUUGGGCUUUGCUUCACAAUUAUCAGAAGGCAAAAGUGACUUUGAAGAACCCAUCAAUAAAAAGAAGAAUAGACGACGCCUUCCUUUCAGUCAAGAAAACUCUUCAGCAACAAGAAGAAAACCAGCAAGAUGACUAUUAUUUCAAAUGCCUGGAAGCCCUUGUACAGCUUCUCAGUAGCUAACCAAAUGCCAAGCAGUGUUGCAGAGCUGGUUCCCUCCCCUUUUGAAGGACACCAUAACCCAAAUGGAAUCUUAAAUCCACUGAGUGGAAGAAAUCUACUACUAAAGAAUUAUGUUAAUUCUUUGUACUGAGGAUCCUGUGCCACAGAAACUUGCACAAAAUGUGGCAACCCUGUUCUAGUGCUAUAAGAGGCAAAUGAAAGAAUGGAAUAUAAAGCAUGGAUUUUUAACGAUGUACAUUAUAUUUUUAUUUUUGAUAUAUUUUACACACACUUUUUUGCAGUGUCUUACACAUGUUUGCUUUUAGAAGACAUGCUGCUCUUCAGCUGAAGUGUAUUAUUAAUCAUAUAUAAGGAGGCAUAGCACUUAUAAUAUAAAUGAUGUAAAACAUUUUUUUCACAAUGUCUGAACUUGUAUAAAUAAAGAUGUCACCAAAAUGUUGAUUGGCACUAUCACUUGCAGUGAGAAAAAGAGGACUGCCUCUUGGCUGCUACUGUACAGUGAUUCAGCCUCGAUACGGAAGGAAAUGUACUGAGGCUGUUACCUCUCCCUCAUGAAGCAGAUACUGAAAAGCCACUGAGAUCAGUACUAGCCAAAGGCUUUCAGAAAGGUUUGGGCUGCAAAAUGCUAACAUCAUGUCUUGUUCCACCAUAGAUCCAUUUAAAUUCAUUUCAGAAAAGGGAAACCCGGGGGGGGGGGUAUCAAAAGGAUGAAGUUAUUCCCCUAUGAAGCAAUGCUGCAGUGUUUGAGACGUUUUUAGUUUAGAGAAAUGUUGAGCAAGAGGCAGCAUGAUAGAAGUGGUUAGAAGUAGCAUGGAGAAAGUGGAUAGAAAAAGUUUUUUCUCAUAGUGCUAGAACUCAUGGACAUUCAGUGAAGCUGUGGUUAGUUAAAUUAGAUAAAUUCAUGGAGGAGAGGGCUAUCAAUGGUUACUAGCUGUAAUGGCUGUGCUUUUCCGCCACAGUUGAAGACAGUGAUGCUUCUGAAUACCAUUUUCUGGAAACCAUAGGAGGGAAGAAUAUGCUUGAAUCCUGCUUGUGGGGUUUCUCACAUGCCAGGCCCUCCCCACGUGUAUACCAAACAGUGGUGGAACCUUUUAGCAUCCUGAUUCUCCACAGCAAAAACUAGCAUUUUGAGGUGAUAGAACAUGCAAUGAGACGACAAGCUAGAGUUGUGUGUGCUCUGAUAUGCAGCUCAUGAUGAAUAAAUGAAAAAGAACAGGCAGAAUAAGUACAUGGGCAGCAUUCAUAUAGAACUGACUAGUGUAUAUUUUUAAUACAAUAUUUCCUUUGUAAACAGUCCUCUAGUUCACCUUUUGGCAAAAUGGAGACUUUUUGAGUCAAGGUACCAAGGGAGCAUAAAACUCAUCUUCCUUCAUGCUCUCAUUUAGGUUUUAAAGAGGUUUAUGAAGGUCUCACUUUUAACAUAAAUUAUAUUUUAAAUCUCCAUAUUCUUCUAAAAAAAAUGAAGUGCAGCCUCCCUUUAUUAUGUUCCAAGUGGCUUUAGAGUACAAAGUGUCUCUGACUAAGAAUCCUUUCAGGGGUAUUAAGUAUUGUGUGCCUGCCUUGGAUCUGUCCAGAGUAGGUUUUGAAUCACUGGUGUCCAUAGCAACAAUGCCACAUAAUAGUUAGCUCUCCUUUGAUUCUCCAGCAGGCAGUUCUGUCUCAGAUGUUCGCCAUCCCUAUGUUCUGACAAAACAAACAUCAACUGCAAAUCCAUAUGCUACUUUCAUGGCUUUUCUUUGGGGGGGGGGGGUUGCAUGCCAAAUAACUAGAAACCAUAAGUGUUACCUCUUUAUCCCCUCCUCCCACUCCAGCUUUCGCUUCUUUCACCGUCCUUCUCAUACGGUGAGGUAAGUGGAAACUAAUAAAAUAGUGUGUUAAAUGAGAAGAAAGGUCUUGGAGGGAUAUUGUAAAAUGUCUUUUGAGGCAGCUGAAAAAAAUGUGUUGCACCUAGAUCUAGGUUUUUGUCACAUUGGGUUGUUAAAAGUACUUCUAGAAAAGUGUGCUUGAGGAAAUGUGAAGCACUAUGGAAGAAACCCGAGAAAAUCACUGCAAGAGUGAUGCUUCUCAGAAGAGAGCAGGUUUAAAAAUGGAGGGAAAUGUCUGUGUCAUCUGUGUGUUUAGGAGCUGUUUAGAUUUAUAUUUUAGAUUCUUACCCUAUGGCUCUAAAUAAAUGAGGGAUGGGUGACCUCCCCCAACUAAUUUUGGAUUGGUACAUAAAUUGAAAGCACUUUUGAAUUUUUUAACAAGUUUUAGGAACUGAAAUAAAGCUUCCUCCAAAAUCACUUCUAAUUUGCUAAAAUAUUCUGGUUAUGCCCUUUCCAAGUAUCCCAUAUAUCAGGUGUGAGGAACCUUUGACCCACCAGAUGUUGCUGAUCUACAACUUCUGACAGCCCUAGCAAGUAUGGCCUACGUACAGGGCCGGGUUCAGAGAAUACUGCCGUCUGAAUCUGGAAAGGCUGCGACUGUUUUUGAACUGAUGCCUAGAUGCAGUGGAUGAGGACCAACAUACUGAGACUGAAUCCUAAAAAGAAGGCGAUGAGCGGUUCCUAGGUCUGGGAGUUGUCAUUGAUUCUCCAAGGGUUUGCAAAAUUGCACCCCCUCUGAAGAAACAGGUACAUACGUACUCCUCCAUCCAUCUUUAUCACUGGAGGCUCAGGUAAUCUCAGUAGUGCGUGCGGCAAGGUCCUAAUAGCAGUGCCAUGAGGGAAGAAAGAGAUUUUGCAGGGUACUUUGGUAGGAGGCAUUUUGGGGGGAAGAUGUAGCCCUUACUAGGCAUUCUGAAGCUGGGCUGACUAAACAGGUAUGUAAAGGUAGUGACGGCAACAGCACAGGAAUGACCAAACCAGAUCUGCUCCCCCUCGAAUGCCAUUUCUGUUGUUUUCCAUGAGUUGGAGGCUGGCUGCACGAAGGGGGGGGGCUCCUUGGGGCUCCCUGAGCAUUUUAGCACUAGGGUUUAUGGAUAAAUGAUUUUCAAAUUGCUUGCUUGUGUGGUUACCUGAACCUAUGUUUGCCAGUUAGUAGGUAAGAUAGUCAGCAUCUUUCUAUGCUCUUUGGUGCCUGGGCAAAAAUUUAUUAGCUCUCAUUUUAAAAUGUAGCUUUUGAUUUUUUUAAAAAAUCAAGAGAGGGGGAAGGAGAGAGAAACAAACAAACAAACAAUAUAGUGUUACUGUUGCCUUUUUGUCAGGGUUCCUAAUUUAAGAAGGCAAAUGGCAAGUUCUGAUGUUCUUUUGUGAAAAUGAGCUAUAUUCUGCAUGUUGUGGAGGAAAUUUCCAUGCACAGAGGAAAUAUGUGUGGGUUGCUCUGUGAAAACCACAGAUCUGACGAUAAUCCAUCCAUUGCAACAGUAAUAGAGCAAACAGCAAAUGUUCCAUGCAGAAAAGAGGAGAAAUAUAGUAAAUAAAGAGGGCAGCAGCUAGCUUCACAAAGCUGGAUGACAUACAGUUAACAAAUAACGAAUUAAAUAUCACUUGUGAUUAUUACAGAUGGGAGAGAAAUUUGGUUCUCCCAAUUAAAAGUGCAACCCCAUCUAAGCUCCCCUUUCCAAAAAAUGCACAGCAGAAACACAGCUAUCUUUGAAAAUUCACACUUUUCUCUGAAGUUUUCAGUGCAGUUCUCUGAUGAAACAAAUGUGUUAAAAAUGCAUAUGUGAGAGGAAAGUAUGCAUAAAAAUGCAAUUUUAGUGAAAAUAAUAUAAAAAUGAAUUGCAUUAGGCAAAACUGCAUAUAUUAGGAGUAAUGUUAAUGUAUUUUUUGAGGACUUCUUUAAAAAAACCACAAAGUAUGAAGAAUUUAAGUGUAGAAAAAUGAGAAACUGAUAGAAACUGUAAUUGACAUAAUUUCUCACCCCUAAGGAGUAUAACCAUGGUAGAAUGCUGCUUUACUUAAAUGUGUUUUGUAAUAUUGAGUGUCAUGCCAAAGCCUGCACUCCAUCCCCCCCCCCAAAAAAAAAGUUUCUUCGGCUGUAAAAUAGGUUUUCAUUUUUCUACCUCUUGUGUGGAACAAAUUAGAAUGUGUUUAUAAUUUUAGUGGGUAUGCGAUUGAGCUUUCUUGACGUGGGGCUGUGAAUAAUGCAUGUUUUUCUUUCCGUUCAACUUUUCUUCAAAGUUCUGCAGCCGCCCUGGCUUCUCACGCUUACUGAUCUGAAAAAGUCCCAUGGGAGGACUUUCCUCACAAUGUCUUCCCCCAAGUUCCGUUUUAAAUUUGGGAAGCUGGGGUGGAUGUCUACAUAAUGUGUGAGGCUGGUGUGCUUGUUGCUUCUUCUUUUUUUGUUCUUAGGGGAAUUCCUUUCUUUUCUCUCUCUUUUUUUAAAAGUUUUUUUAAAAAACUUUUUUUGCAAGUAAACAGACUUUCACUAAAAAACGAAAACAAAAAAGGGCACACAGAAUCUCUGCCUUCUACACUUGCAGUACAUCCCAGCCGCACAUGUCCCACGGUUUUCACGAGGGGAGGGCCCUUGGGAAGGCUGUGCAGUGCAGAUCACGGGGGAUAAUAAUUUGUAGAGUGAAAGCACUGCUUAGCCACCUUGGAAGUAUGAAAAUCACAAUAAAACACCCUGAUCACCCCUAUGAGAAUUUCACUAAAGAUUUAUCUUGUGUUAGAAAUACAUUAAAUGCAUAAUAAUAAUAAAAAGAUUAUUCCCUCUGCAAUCCAAUUGUUAGAUCUAGAGACAUUCAGAGCAAAGUUUUUAAAUUUUGCAGAUAUAACAAAAAAGAAAGAAAAGUUGAAACAUUGUCAGCUGACAUUAUCAAGAAGAAUAUUCCAUCAGUUCAAAUUUAAACAUAUAUCCAUAUGUCCAGUGAUAUUGAUAUGUACAAGUCAUGUGUCUGAAGAUAGAAAAGGAUGGUGAGAUCUGAGCACUGAGUAGUAGAUGGUGGGUAUUUGUCCUUUCGGUCUUGUAACACAAGUCUCUUAACUGCCAUAAGGGCUCAUAAAGUCUAUGAUGUGUUUUUGAAGAAUGGGUAAGGAUAGAACAUCCAGGCAAAAGGGAAAAUGUUGUUUUGUGUAGAAUGAAUCAAUCAGGGGGUUCUUGUAAAUUGCCAUUUAUCUGUUUGCAGCAGGGGUGGAGAACUGCGUCUGGGUCACACUCUUAACUGGGCCAUUCCAUGCAUCCAGCAUUGAAGAAGAGAAGAGAAGAGUUUGGAUUUGAUAUCCCGCUUUAUCACUACCCUAAGGAGUCUCAAAGCGGCUAACAUUCUCCUUUCCCUUCCUCCCCCACAACAAACACUCUGUGAGGUGAGUGGGGCUGAGAGACUUCAGAUAAGUAUGUCUAGUCCAAGGUCACCCAGCAGCUGCAUGUGGAGGAGCGGAGACACGAACCCGGUCCCCCAGAUUACGAGUCUAAUGCUCUUAACCACUACAUCACACUGGUGGGAUGGCUGGCGACCUGUCAGUCAACUGACAUCACUGUGAUGACACAGCACUUUGAAAGAAUCAACCAUCAGCUGACCGUUUGCACUUGCAAAAUCUGGUGCUUUGGUAAGAGCCACCAUAAUUGUUGGCAUCUGCAAAAAAAAUGUGUUAUAUGUGCCUCACACUUCACAGCUGUAGGGCGGAUUGGAGUGGUUUGGCCUAAACGGCCUGUUGGGCCACAUGGGGAGCUGUAGAGUGCUGAGACUUUGCACCACUGAUCUGUUGAGUAACAAUGCGAACAAAUCAAGGGAAGGGAAGGACUGUAGCUCAAUCGCCUGGCAAGCAGAAUGCCCCAGGUUCAUUUCACAGCAUCUCUAUGUAUAGUUGGGAAUGCCCCCAUCUGAAAGCCAAAGAGAGCUGCUGCUGGCCAGUGUUGACAAUACUGAGCUAGAUAAACCAGUGACUUAACUCAACAUUAAGGUAACUUACCAUGUUCUCAUGCUAUGUGUCUAUCUAAAUUUCUCAAUACAUAACCAGUGUUGUCACUGGGAUUCCAAGUGCUUUCUUUCUGAGCAAAACAUUAGCAAGAAGAUGUUCCUGUUUAACUUUUUAAGGCUUUGUCUACAGCCCUUUGUUUUAAGACACAUCUCUUAUCAAACUGCAGUUUUACUGUGGUCUCCUGUAUGGGACUGAACGUUUAAGAAAUAAAUCUCAGCAGGAAAUAGGCUUUCUCCCUUUUUAGCACAUCUGCAGCCUCCAAUCAGGACUCAUUGCAGGGUUUAAUCAGAUCUUUCAGAGAGAAAUUAAAAGCAAGGAUAGUCAUCUGAUUUAAGCAUGAUAAAACAUAAAUGAUGGGGAAAGUGGAUGAAAUGUUGCACAAUUUUGAACGCUCUGUAAGUUACAGUCAAGUCUUCACACUGCUUCUGCCUGCUUCUGAACUGGACUUUGUUCAUCUCUUUAAAUCAAAAUAACUAUGCACCUCUCACGGUGGUACAUUGCAAAGUUAAAUUUAUGUUGGCCAAGUGUGUUGCAGCCCUUGGAUAAUUCAUCUGAUGUAAAAGGAAAGAGUACCAUUGUUGUUCCUUGUAGCCAUCACAUUCUACUGUUGUCCCAUUUAAGAAGGGCCAUCUCAGAGCUCAGAGGCAAAUGUCACAAGCAGCAUUUUGUGUACAUAAUUCCAAAUUAAAUCGGGUGAAAUGUUGCACACUAGCCUUGGAGUAUUGCAGCCAUCAUUGUUCAGCAUGAAAACUGCAAUCUUCAUCUUGCUCUUCCUCUCAAUGACCAAAACCAUUGAGUUGACUUAACAAUAAUUUGAAAAGCACCUCCCAUGUUCACAGUGACCUUCUUUGCCUUCUGCUACUAUGCUAGUUUAUCUGUUAAAGCAUAUUAAAACUGGGACUUCCGGUCUAUUGCGCUGUUGUGAGGACGCAGAAGCCCCGAGCUGCGGGGCUUCUGGCAUUCGCGGAGGGGGGGAAUACCGCGGGGGCAUGCGGAUCCCCAUAGAACCCCGGGUUGAGCUUCCCGGGGGCCAAAUUUGCCCUGCAGAGCUCCUGACGCGACUCCUCCGCUGCCCGGGGAGCUCAGCAGAGUCCCCGAGAGUCAGCGCAGUCGCGGGAGCCAUUUUGGGCACCAGCAUUACCUCCAGAAGCGACGUCCCGAGUCUUCACACAGAGAGCGGUGGAUUCCUUCCGUAAAAAGCAACGAUCAGGAAAAAAUAAAACUCAGCGUGAGUAAAAAAGCUUGAUUGGCAAUAUUUUUUUAAAAAAAUUUGGACACGGUGGGUGAUUAUAAAAACGGAAGUCGGUCUCCCACUUUGAUUGUUAUGUGAAGCAGUAACCUGAUCCCCAGCAGGGGAAGAGAGAGGAAGUAAUUAAUUUACCAAGAAUCAGACUCUUAAAACCCUCCAGGAGACUGGAACUAGGUCCCUGGAGAGAGCAGUGAAUGGAUCGAUAUUUUGCUAUUAUUAAGAAAAGACUAUGUUAUUGAUAUUUGGAUUUACGAAAUAGCCAGGACUGGACUUAAAAUGGACUCCAUCUGGGAAUUUGACACCUGUCACAUCCGGUUUUAUUAUCUGCUGUUUUCCCACGGGAUUUGAGAGCAAGGAUGAUGGCAGUCUCAACAUCAGUACAGGACUUACAGUACCAAAAGAUCUAUUUGGAACUUUUAUACAUCAAGGGACAGCUGGUCAAGAACAAUGAACAAGUGCGACAAAUUAACAACAGACUUGAGGACACGAAGGGAGAUAUGGACAAGGAUUCUGGAAGAGAACUGACCUGCGCAGACAACACGGAGGAAGAAAUAAAAAUGACAGACAUUAAUGAUAAUUUAGAAGAACUUCAAAAUUGCAAAGAAGAGUGGGAAGAAGACUGGGAGAUGUGGGACAAGUUUUGGACUUAAAAAAAGAACUCUCCA